UAAUGGAAAUAGGUGAUCUACAUGGCGUUCACGAGUCCUCUGUGUCUCGCUCCGUCCAUCGGACAAUCCGUGCCAUAAACAACGUUCUGGACAUCAAGUUCAAUCCUGACGCAAAUAAAGUUAGAAUGCAAGACUUCUACAAAAUAGCUGAAUUCCCCUGUGUUAUUGGGGCAAUUGAUGGUACACUUAUUCCCAUUAAACGACCACCUGCAGACGAAGAAGUGGCCUACGUUUGUCGGAAAGGCUUCCACGCCAUAAAUGUUCAAGCCGUAUGUGACGCCAACUUGAGAUUUAUCAACACUGUCAUCAGAUGGCCAGGAUCCUGUCAUGAUUCCAUGAUUUUCAGCAACAGUUCACUGGGACAGUACCUGGAAUUGGGAAAUGUUGAUGGCUGGCUUUUGGGUGAUUCCGGCUAUCCAUGCAGGCCUUGGAUUUUGACACCACUCCUUAAUCCAGAAUCAAAAUCAGAAGUCAAGUACAAUUCUGCACAUUGCAAAACAAGAAACACCAUUGAAAGGGCAUUUGGUGUACUGAAAUCACGUUUUCGAUGCCUUCACAAGUCCACUGGGUGCCUGCAAUUCUCACCUGAAAAGUGCAAUGCAGUUAUAAUGGCAGCAUUCAAACUGCACAAUUUCUGCAAAGACAAUAAUUUGCCAGAUCCACCCAUGAUAAUGUCUGAAACAGACAACUCCACAGACUACUCUGUUGAUACGGAUCUUGCAGAUGGAGUCUCAAUAAGGAGAGAGCUGAUUGCUAAACGAUUUUCAUAGGGAGUUGCUGGUUAACUGAUGGGGUUGCUGAGGCAGAUGCUUCUGUUGUGUUCCGAGGUCCUGCUGUGAACUGACCCGCUGCUGUUGUGGCUCUAGAUGUUGAUGCUGUCAGUUGUCCUUCCUCUGCAAAUAUAUCCAAAUAUAAAACCUUCAUUAAAAAUAUUAAAUACA